UUUAAAGAUACAAUCAACAAUAAUAAAAUUGAACAAUCAGCAAUGAUCUCAAUUUCUCAAUUUGAUAUUAGCAAUCACAAAGUUGAUGUACAAUCUAAUUAUAAUGCUCAAACCAAACUAAAUACUAUUUCAUUGCUAUGUAUUG